AUGUUUGUGGCAAAAGCUGAAAGCGCCCGAAUCCACAAAAUUGAAAAGCGCCAAACCAAUUCGACUAACAUCACUAUCCGUGAUGCAGUAGCACACCCAAAUGCCACAGGGACGUGGCCCAUUAACGGCAUUGAUGUGACGAAGCCACUUCUGGAUCCACCAAGCGACGACUAUGGCCCCGGAAAUGGUUGGAGCAUCAACAUUGCCAUUGCCACCAAUAUUACUGCGGAUAAAAUCAGCACUUCGGCAUUGAAUCCUGCAGUCAUCACUCUCGAAGUGCCAGAAAAUGCUUUUCAAGGCGUAAAUUCGUCGACGAACUACACUGAGAAUUACGAUAUCUGCUCUUUCGCCUGGUUUGAAAACGUCUGGACCGUGGAAGAAUUGGAGAAGCUCCAAGAUGAUGUCAACGGGUUCUGCAACGGUAUCAUUUCCGAUGAGUGUAUCAAGGAGACAAAAGAGGUCCUGGGGGGAAACGUAACUUUCAAUAUGCCCAACGGAACUUCCACCAACGAAGGUUCAUCUUCUCAACUCUUCGGCAUAUGGGGACCUUAUUCGAACAGAUCGGAAGCUGGUCUACGUGAUGCGUACGACACGGCUCUUACGAAUGUCUACCCCCUGCUUCUUACAUACACCUAUGAAGACGGAGAGACUCGAUCGAAUUACAGCGUAUUCCGAUGCGUUCACGCCAAUAACAUCGUAGAGGGAAGUCGCGAACCAGGAUCCUUUGGAAGUAAUAGAAGAAGCUCUGCAGUUCGAUCUUCUUGGUCAACCUGCUCUGCAGUCGUUGGAAUGCUCCUAUCAUUCUCACUCACUAUGAUCCUGUAA